AUGCAAUUAAACCCUUCGACACCUGAAGAUGCUCUCAAGCUAGCUGAGUAUGUUAUGAAUCAAGCGGACCCCGAAUUGUCCAGGAAAAUGAAUUUUGUCAAGUUUAUUGGGAAUGGAACAUUCAGCAACGUCUUUUUAGCGACAUUGCAAAUAGAAGAGCGAGGCUUGCAGACUGUUAAAGUCGCCGUGAAGCACCUUCUAAAUUUCAAUUCUCCACAAAGGCAGGCCACCGAACUGAAAAAUCUGCAGCGAUUGCGGGGCAAAGCAGCGAGUAUUGCCACUCUAUUUCGUGCAUGCCGAUGGCAGGGGCAUCUGUUGAUGAUUCUUCCAUACAUAGAUUGCAUUGAGUUUAAUAAGUUUAUUGAAAAACCGCCUCCUGUCAGUGAAAUUAGAGACUAUCUUUUGAAUCUCUUGCAGGCACUGGACGCAAUGCACAAGCAAAAGCUAAUUCACCGUGAUCUGAAACCGGCGAACUUUUUGAUCAGCAAACUGCAACCGGGAAUGACCAAAAGAAAGUACCUAUUGAUCGAUUUUGGCCUGGCAGAGGACGAAAUUCCUUUCAAAAGGCCCUCAAAAUUCCCAAAGUUAACCAAAGAAAACGUUUCUGAUUCUAAGUCGCCGAGGGACUCUCUUACUCCUGUGAUGACUCAAAGGCGAGCUUUUCUCAAUCCGAGAACAAGUAAACAGAUUGAUCUCACGCCCUCGACCAGCAAAAGAUCCCCUAAAAGUGUCUCUAAAGCGGGUAGGAGUUCGAAGAACCCAAUUGAUAAAUGCAACUGUCUCGGAAAGCAUCAAACAUGCAAUAUUUGCCACGGAAACCUUAGCUUGAAACCUGUCUUAAAACAAAACAGACGAGCGGGCACUGCGGGGUUCAGACCUCCAGAGGUGCUAAUGAGAACUCCCAUUCAAACUACUGCAAUCGACAUUUGGUGUGUUGGAGUUAUCUUGUUGAGUAUCAUAACUGGGAAAUUCCCCUUCUUCCAUGGAAGGGUCAGCGAUGAUGUUGCGUUGUCCGAAAUCACGACUCUCUUCGGAGUAAAACUAAUGCAGGACUGCUCUAAUGUGAUGGGUCGCAAUUUCAUUUCCAACUGUGGAGCUGUGCGUUUGAAGUUGCGGUCGCUUUGCAAUGCGUUACGCGGUUACCAGCAGGAAGUAGAAGUUGCGGGUUGUAGUGGUAAAGUUAAGAAGUUCUGCAGUGCGGCACAAUGUUUCCACUCGGACAAAGAGUUGAGUCACAAAAGCCCUUUGUUGACCUUUACAGGUCAGACUUUUGUUAGGGGCAACCACCGCCAAGAUGUAAAAAGAGACAGUACGGAGCCGUCCAGUUCGGGUAUAGAUUGCCCUCCGAAUAGCGCGUUUAUUUCAGAGAGCAGUGGGUCUGCUUCAGAUUUAGAGAGUGGUUGUUUUGUCGUGGAACCCUGUGUCGGAUCAGAGCAGGACUCGUUGGACCCUGACAGCGAAUCGCAAGCGGCUCCAACAGAUCUGGGCUAUCCGGACUCGUUGUACCAUCUUCUUAUUGAACUGUUAGACGUGAAUCCCUUCACACGCAUCACAGCUGAGGAUGCACUGAAACAUCCUUUUAUUGAGAAUGUGAAAGUAACUGAGGCAUAUCUGAAAAAGUUCAUCCAGGCAAAACAACAAAAAUUGUCGCAGAGCAAAAGCUGAAGAGCAGAAUAUUCUAUCAACAAAGUGUCUCUUGUUUGAACUGUUCGUUUGUCUUUUGAUUUGAUUUGGCAUUUUAAACAGUAGUUUACUUGAAUUUUAAAAUUGUUUUGUUUUAAGAACCUUGUUUUAUAU